CGCAUACACCGCAAACCUCCCUCUCCUACACCAGACAGGUAGUUGUCAUGGCAUCUCCAUCUCUAUCAGUCGUGCUGCUCCUGUGCCUGGCCGCGGCGGCGUCGGCGGUGCUGUCGCCGCCGACGUUCUACAACACGUCGUGCACCCAGGCGCUGGCCAUCAUCAAGACCGGCGUGGCGGCAGCCAUUGCGACCGACCGCAGCAUGGGCGCGUCGCUGCUCCGGCUGCACUUCCAUGACUGCUUUGUCCAAGGCUGUGACGCGUCCGUUCUGCUGGACGCUACCGUGCCUAACAGCGAGCGCAGCGCACUCGGGAACGCGGGAUCGCUGCGUGGCUUCGAUGUCAUCGAGAAAAUCAAGGCUGAUGUGGAAGCCGCCUGCAAAAAGAAGGGCAACAGCCGCGCCGUCGUCUCCUGCGCCGAUAUCCUCGCCGUCGCCGCCCGCGAUUCCGUCGUCGCGUUGGGAGGACCGGCGUGGGAUGUUCAGCUGGGGAGGAGGGACUCCGACACGGCGAACGUGGCACUGGCCAACCAAGACCUGCCUCCCCCGUUCAUGGACGUGGCCGGCCUCAUCAAAUCCUUCGGCGAUAAGGGCUUCACCAUGACCGACAUGGUCGCCCUCUCUGGUGCGCACACGAUCGGGCGGGCGCAGUGCAAGAACUUUAGGAGCAGGCUCUACGGCGAGGACAACAUCGACUCAGACUACGCGACGAAGCUCAGGGCCAACUGCCCUCAGACCUCCGGCGACGGCAACCUGGCCCAGCUGGACGACACGCCGACCACCAUGACCGCCGACAAUUUCGACAACAGCUACUUCGUCAACCUCCAGCUAAAGAAGGGGCUCCUGCACUCCGACCAGGUGCUGUUCAACGGCACUGGCGGCACCAACAACACCGUCAACAACUUCGCUAGCAACCCACCAGCGUUCAGCAGCGCCUUCGCCUCGGCCAUGGUGACGAUGGGGAACCUCAGCCCGUUGACUGGCUCACAGGGUCAGAUCAGGCGCAUCUGCUCCAAACCGAACUAAGAAACGCCAUUUGCAACCUCAACCCUGCUGCUCUGAGAUUCGAACCGUACUUUUUUCUGUACGAUGAACCACGUUCUUUAAGACUCUUGUUAUUUUUUGUGUUGUCCUUGCAGCCCCUUGUGGGGCCCAAUUAUCCCCUUAUUAAUUUUGUAGCCUUUUCUGUACACAUUUCAUUUAUUUUUAAUUCGAACAUACUUCUAUA